AUGCCUGAGAAUUCAUCAAAGGACGAAGUGAAACCUUCUAUAAAUGUUAAAAACUUAUCAAUUACAACUAAUGAUAAAGAACAAGCAUUACAAAAAUCUCAUAAUAAUAAUAAAUCAUCAACAUCAUUAAACAGUUCCACUCCACCAUCUAUAUUAAAUAAGAAUACUAUAUCAAAUAUAAAUAAAUCAUUAAAAGCAAAACAAAAGAUUAUUCAUCUUCGAGAACCACAUCCUAAAAAUCCAACAUUUAUAUCAAAUAUAAUUAAUACUUCACCGCAACAAACCGCAUUUCCAAUUGAUGAUAAAAUAAUACCAAAUAAAAAAGAUAAUGAAGAAUUAUUUUCAUUACCAACUAAUGAAAUUCAAGAUAAAUUAAUGUUACAUUCCAAUUCAUCAAAUAUAAAUAAUUCGACUACUGAAGAAAAGAAACCUCAACGAAAAAUUGCUAAACAAAAUUCAACAAGAACUGAUUUUUUUGCAGCAAAACUAGCAAGUGCAGUAGAUGAUGUUGAAAGUUCUGAUUCUGACGAGACUUUUGUAUAUGAGAAUAACAACAAAGAAGAGAAUGCAAGUAUUAAUGGAAGUAUACCGACAACAAGUCAUAGAGCACCUUCUAUAUUAGAUGAACAACAUCCUGAAACAAAACCAUUCAAAUUAACUUCAAAUAAAGCUCCAUCUAUUGCAAAUUCAAUGAAUUCAUCAAAUUAUUUAGAAUCAGUUAUAAAAAAGACAAAUCAGCCCCGGGCAUUAUCUACUUAUUCAACAAAUGAAGCAUUAUUACCACCACCUCAACCACAAUCACAACCACAACACGAUAGACAAUCAAUAAAUGAGUAUAAUGAUGAUACAUUUUCAUAUAAUGAGAUUGAAGAUGAUAUAGAUGAAUCAAGUGAUGAUGAAGAAGAAAAGAAUAAUACUACACUAAUAGCCUCUUCUGCACAACCACAAGCUCCAAAUACAACACCAUCAAUAUCGAGUAAAAAUACAACAAAGAAAAAUUAUAAAUCAUCAACUUCAUCAUCUAAAUUAAGAUCAACUACUUCCAAAUUAUUUGAUAAAAAAGGAUCACAACCUAGAAGAUAUUCAACAAUACCUGACGAUAUAGAUAUAGAAGAUUUUGACGAUGAGCUAAUAUAUUAUGAUAAUAAUGUUAGAUUCCCACAUAAUGAAUCAUCAAGUUUAUUAAAUAAUCAAAAAAUUCCACAUUAUAGAUCAUUAAAUUUGAGCUUUCAACCAAAUAUGAAACGACAAAAUAAACGUUAUUUAUCAACUGGUCAACCUUUGGAUAAUAAAUUUCCAUUUCCAUAUCAAGAACCACAACAACAUUCAUCUCAAUUUUAUUACGACUUUGAUGAUUAUGAUCAAGAAUCUCAAAAUUAUGAUCCAAAUUUUGAUUUACCUGAUAUGUCAAUGAAUAGGAAAAUAUCAAGAAAGUUUCUGCCAAAUUCAUCAUCAACUACUCAUCAUCAAAGAUUUCAUCAUUUAUUUCCAAGAAAGAUUGAAAAUAAAAAAUCAAGUUGUUGUAAAUCUUUCAUUUAUACUUUUUUUUCAAUUUUAUUUAUUUUAACAGUUGGUUUUAUAUUAGGAUUUGUUCUAGCUACUACAAAAGAUUUAACAGGUGUUGGUAUAACAUCAAUUGAAAAUCCAAUAGUUAGUAAAGAUGAAUUAGUAUUUAAUAUUGUUGUUGAAGCAUUUAACCCUGGUUGGUUUUCUGUUGAUAUAGAUCAAGUUGAUCUUGAUUUAUUUGCAAGAAGUGGAUAUUUAGAUGACGGUGAGGAUAAUUUAAUUACUUCCGAUUCUUCAAAAGUUGAAACUUUCAAAUUGGGUACAAUUUUGAAUUUAGAAUCAACAAUGAAUUUUAAAGGUGGAUUUUUCCUGAGAGAACCAACAAUUCAAAAAGGAGAAAUUAAAUUAUUAAAUCCUGGUAAAAAUAUUACAAUUUUUAAUAAUAAAACUGAUUAUGAUGAUAAUUCACAAAAAUGGGAAAAAAUUUCAUCAAAUCCAUUUGAUUUAAUAAUUACUGGAGUUUUAAAAUAUGAAUUACCGUUAAUUAGAAAUACAAAAUCAGUAGUUGUUAGAAAAACAGGUUAUAUUGAUCCUACUUUAUAUCCAAAUUAA